AUGCUCACGCCCACCGUCGCCAAUUCCCUUUCGUUCUUCUAUCCCGUCGGCAACACCCCGGCUGUGAACCUCGCGAGAGGUUUACCGCAAGGAAUCGACGGAGAUUUGCUGCUGUUGGGUUGUGGGGAUGUGAGAAACAUUCUGCAUACAGCCUACAACGAAAUCGGACUGCCCGACCGCAAAUUUGACAUUACAUGCAAUGACUGGGACGAGGCAAUCCUAGCGCGUAACAUCUUAUUCUUUUCCUUUCUUCUCGAUAAUAAAGGUUCGGGAAAUACGCCAUGGAAUCUCUACUACGAGCUUCACCUCUCUAAAUCCGACCUCGGCCAACUCUCAGAGCAACUCAAGAAGCUCCUCGCCGCGUCCGAGUCUUUGAAAUCGUGGAAGUCCAGUGCCUACGGAAAGGUUUUGCCUUUUGUUGACCAGGACACGUUUGACGAUGUCCGCAGCAUUUGGAAAAGCUACCAUGCUUUUGUGUCUGCAGAUGUGGCCGUCAGCUCAGCCGCCCUCAAGGCCAAUAUCGAAUAUUCGAUGGAGCUCAAGGAGUUCACCUACGGCCAGGAUACACAGACGCUGACCGGAAUGCGGUCUGCCGCUCCUAUCGCGAUGCCAAACUUCCGAGACAUCAUGGAGGCAUCUGAAUCUUUUUGGAAGUCUGCUGUUGCCGGGCCCAGCGGUUCCGCCAAUACACCCAACCCCAUGUUCGCCGCUGCUUUGUCGAAGCACCGAGUUCUGCACUACGCAACUGACCCUAUCCUUGGCUUCCACCUCGCCACCGCCUUCGCGUCUCUCACCGAGUCAUCGCCACUGAGGCCUAAUCAAAAGGAUGACAGACUGAAGGCUUAUGCCGCCGCCAAGACCCAAUUUCGGGAAUGGGCAGCUGCAUGCAGCAAACUACUCCGAGAGAAGAAGUUGGUCGUGCGCUCCAUCGCCAGCGAAGGUCUUGCAUUCUGUCAGACGCUUCAGCAUUUCAUUGCUACCAAAGAGACAUCAGCUGGCUGGUACCGAAGGCAAUUCGACCACCGGGCCUUGGCGCUAGAUCCCGAUGCUUACGGGGGCAAAUUAGCUGCUCCCUCAUCUUUCGAUGCCAUCGAUACUUCCAACAUCGCAGACUAUGUUGGCACGUUGAAUCUACUAACGUCCGCCAUACCACUGCUGAAAGCCCAUCCCUGGUCGUCUCUAUUCACCGAGACUUUGCUGAAGAGGGAAGAGACGAGCAAGCAGGCAUUUGACAAGCUUCUUUUCGGCGAUGCUCCCACCGUGUCCUUGCUUCUGGGUGCCAGCGCUGUUGAGUACUGGACCAAUGCCACCGCGGUAUCAUGGGUGGACGAGGUUCUUAUUGGCCUAGCUUCGGGCGUUCUCAACAAGGACAAGUCAGGCCAGACUCAAUGCCAUUGCCGUAUCAACUGGAAGCAAUCCAAGUUCCUGUCAGGCGUCGUUGCCACGGGUCCUCUCAAGGUCGAUCCUGAAGCUCUCGCAGGCGUCAUCUUCAAGGUCUACCUCGACAUUUUCCAACACGAGAAUCCGAUGAAGCUGUUGUCCAUCUCCCAGUCGUCAAUGGCGCAGCUUAUCCGCAACACUGCCUACACCACAUUCCAUCGCGGAACUAUGGUCGCGCUAAUGCGUUAUCUCAAACUGAGACUGUCGGUUUCCGACUAUGACACAACAGUCAAGAUCUUUCUCGAGAAGUUCUCCUUUGAGAGAAGCCUGAUGUUCACGGGCAACCUACGGCAGGAUCUCUCUUCGCAGAUGCACACCCAGGGUCUCCUCACCGAGGCUUGGUUCAGCAGAGACAUCAAGCCAAAUCGGAAUCUGGGUGGCUUCGACUCAUGGGAAUCGAUUCCUGAGGUUGUCGCCGUGAGUCUUGUAGUUCCAAGGCAAGCGGUCAUGCGCAUGUUCACCGGCUCCGGUCUUUCAAAGACGGCAUCUCCCACAAUCAGAGGGUCUCUUGUUUCCGGAAAGGACGCAGACCACAAAUGGCACAACUUCUUCGAUGAUGUCCAGCUCGUCUGGGGCACCAUUAAGACCAGUGGCGAUCGAGAGACGAACCAGUUCUCUGUUACAGUCGAGGCUGAUCCCGCCGGCUGGUCGGGAGAGUCUCCCCUCAUUGCAUCCUUUUAUGUCCCUGCUUCAUCGCUCCAACUUGAGCGCAAGACAGCUUUUGUUCGUUUGGAGGUCCAAAGCUCCGCCCAGAACAUUGCGGCUUACCAAAAGACAUUGGGCGAAGAAUUGAAGAUAUACGAAGCAAUGUUGAAGGAAGAGUCUAGCGUCUUCAUAACGAAGUAUUUGCCAGGCCAAUCCCGAUACGCUGCAACUUGUGAAGCCGCCGGUGCUGUCGCGGAGUCUUCUCCCGAGACCAAGGAUACCAAAGCCGUGUUCACUGCCGACGUCAGCGAAGCGCAGGACAAGGUUGUCACCAUCACCGGCCAUCUCGACUUCGUCUCCGACAAGGCCAAGAAACUCCUCACGGACAAGCUGCCCCUUGUUCUCGAACAAGAUUCGCCCUUCACUGUCAACCUCGUCUUCGGCGAUAAGAAGCACGUUUAUCCCCUGACUUUCCCAGCUCCAGUCGACGCCAGCAAGGCCAAGACCCGGAUCGCCCGCAAAUCGGCGUACGUCGAGGUCAUCGCACCCUUCGCCGCCCUCGCCACCGAUCCGCACACCAAGACACCUCUCACAGACUUCGUCUACCCCAAUGCUCUGGCGAAGAGCUUGUCCAACACGCCCGCAGACCUCAACACCCCACACUUCAACCUCGAUCGGCUGCCUAUCAUCGACGUCACCAACAAGGAAGCAAACCGCUGGAUGACCACCCUCCUAUCCUUCAUGUUCACUGUUCGCGAGAAGGAAGUUCGUGAACAGGCCCAAGCUGGAAGAGGAGGCAUCUCCAACUCCAACCGCCUCAACUUCAAAGAGUCUCUCUUCUCGAUGUUCAUGCUCUCCACGGGCCUGCAAGGCGGCCAGACCGGUCUCUUCGGCCUGAACCAACCCGAUGGCUUAGGCAUGCACAUGCUCAUCUUCGUCUCCGCUGUCCGCCUUGACGCCGCGUCAGGCUCCAUCGUACUGGACGCCGCCGUGAUCCCCUUCACCCUCGACCUCGUCUACAAGCUAAAGCCCUUCCUCCAAUUCCUCCUCACGAUGGAGGUCUGCACCAUCAACGUCAACGACGACGAGCUCGUCUUCUGGCGCAAGAUGCUCCCGUCGUUUGCCGAGCGCAGCCGAACCUGGAACCACAAGUCCUCGUGCGAGUACGGCAAGGUGGGCACUGCACCCCUGUCGUUGAAGCAGGGCGAGCCGACCCUCUGCUCGUGCGGUGAGGGCAAGCUGCCAGACGACUUUGUCGCGAUACCUGACUGGGAUUCCGUGGCCAAGUAUGCCACGCGUAUCGCCAUCAGCCCUACUUUUGCAGUGCCGUUCGUGGACGACUGUGUCGACUUUGAGUCAUGGGAACGGAGCAAUCCAUCUGCAGCAGUCGAACAGGCGACUCAGGAAAGGUGCAGGAGCUGUGGUAAGACAGCAGACCAGGCCGGUUCUGCGCUGAAGAAGUGCACGCGAUGUUUGGCGGUCAAGUAUUGCAGUGCCGAGUGUCAGAAGACGGAUUGGCGGAAGCAUCGCGGGGAGUGCCAGUAA